AUGGUCAAAGUAAACUGUGCAAAAUCAUCAGCAGAAUAUUAUCCUGAUGAUUAUGCCAAGAAAGGAUGCAACGUUACAUGUGGGAACGUGUCGAUUCCAUACCCUUUUGGGAUCGGAGCAACUUGUUCGGUCAACAAAUGGUACGUUAUUGAUUGCAACUCCUCCAUACCUUAUCUCUCUGCAUUCAACAACAUGGAGGUGUUGGGUGUAAGCUUGGAAGAACAAACGGUCACUGUUAACGUCCCAGUAAUCUCUCGUUGCCGGAGUUCGGCCCCGAAUAGCAAUCACAUCCCAAGCAUCGACCUUGGUGAGAGUCCCUUUGUUGUUUCUGCAUCACAUAACAUACUCACUGUUGAGGGGUGUGGUUAUGCUGCUAUCUUGGGUUAUAAGGGACAACUGAUCACUGGAUGUUCAACUAUUUGCGCUAAUAACACUACCAAUGAAAGUGGUUUUUGUUUUGGGCUUGGUUGUUGCCAAAAUACGAUUCCCUACAGUUUAAAGUCAUACAGUGUGGAUCUUACUGGCUUGAAAAUGCUGGGUGAAGAUGGAACUUGUGGGUCUGCCUUCUUGGGUGACGAACAAUGGUUCCCAUCACAGUCUAUCCUUCCGUACCACCAUCUCAAGACGAGGAAUACCUCUUCUUUUCCAAUAGCACUUAAAUGGUUCCUAACAGAAAACGAUUUCAAUGAAAGUUUAAAUUGUUGGGAACGACAGAGUAAUGAGUUUGGUGUUGGACUGACUUUGGAUGAUGGUAGUUACAUUCCUCUAAGAAAGUGCAACUGUGGUAUCGGGCGAGAAGGAAACCCCUACUUGCACUAUCAGUGCGAAGGUAUGCAAAUUUGUAUUCUUUUGGCCUUUAGUAUCAAGAAAUUUACCCAUUAUACUAUGUGGUAUUAGAAUCUCGAGCUUGUAGAACAUGCCGGAAAUCUGAAGGGAUUUGUCACUAUGAACAACAAUUUUUUGAUGAUAUUGAUAAGCCCUGGUUGUUUAGUUGUGAGCCUAAAGUAUAUUACACUCAAAUUUUCAGAAGCAGCAGCAAAUCACCACUAGGU